AAACGCACAUGUGGGCUUGGCAAUGAGGUUACAAGACGGAUUGCAAUGCAUGGUAGUCUGUCUAUCUUGUUACCUCAUUGCAGUAAAUAAUGUGUGGUUUAGAAUCCAAAUAACAGUACAUUUAGGCUAUAUACAUUGUCUAUUCACUACAAAACAUUUAAACAGAUUUAGCUGACGCACUGGCUUGGAAAUCUACUCGGGAGACUUGCUAUCAGCUAAAGUUUGCUAGCCACAUCGCUGUCAGCAGCAUCGCCUUUGAAUUGGCUGUUUCUUCUCUGUUCCCCAGGCUGAGCAGUGUGAGCAGACUUCACCAUGAGUUCAAGAGUGUGUAAGAACUGUGGGGGCACAGACAUCGAUGUGGACCAGGCCAGAGGCGAUGCGGUGUGCGUGGGCUGUGGCUCGGUCCUGGAGGACAACAUUAUCGUGUCCGAGGUCCAGUUCAUGGAGACAGGAGGGGGCGGCUCCUCUGCUGUGGGACAGUUUGUAGCUGGAGAUGCCUCUGGAAGGAACCCCACUUUUGGGGAAGGGCUCUAUACGGGCGUUGGAAGGGAGUCCCGGGCCCAGACCCUGCAGAACGGGAGACGUCAGAUCAACACACUGGGCCACCAGCUGCAGCUGAACCAGCACUGCCUGGACACAGCCUUCAACUUCUACAAGAUGGCCGUAUGUAAACGCCUGACACGGGGUCGAAGGGUGGCCCACGUGGUGGCCGCAUGCCUCUACCUGGUCUGCAGAACGGAAGGAACACCUCACAUGCUGCUUGACCUCAGUGACCUCCUGCAGGUAAAUGUUUACGUCCUGGGUAGAACCUUCUUAGUCCUGGCCAGAGAGCUCUGCAUCAAUGCCCCCGCCAUAGACCCCUGCCUGUACAUCCCUCGCUUUGCCCACAUGCUGGAGUUUGGAGAGAAGAACCAUGAGGUGUCCAUGACAGCACUGCGACUGCUGCAGAGGAUGAAAAGGGACUGGAUGCACACAGGACGGAGACCCUCUGGACUGUGUGGCGCAGCCCUGUUGGUUGCUGCUCGCAUGCACGAGUUCCGCCGUACCAUCAAAGAAAUCAUUAGUGUAGUGAAGGUGUGCGAGGCCACACUACGAAAGAGAUUGAAUGAGUUUGAGGACACGCCCACCAGCCAGCUGACCAUUGAGGAAUUUAUGAAAGUGGAUCUUGACCAGGAGUGUGACCCGCCCUCUUUCAUCGCUGGCCAGAGGAAGAAAAGAAUGAAGCUGCUUGAGGAAGAAUUGGAGAAGAAGAUUGAUGAUGUUCAAGGUGAAAUCCAUGAGUACCAAGAUGAGAUUGAGAUGGAGCUGGAGCAGAGCCGGCCCAAGUUGAGAGGGAUGUACGCCUCCUGUGCAAAACCUGGCCCCCAGGAGGAAGAGGACGAUGAAAUAUCUCUUCCUGAUGGGGAGGAGAGGGAGGACGAGGAGCUAAAGGCUGUGGCCCAGCACCUCAAUAAGGAGCUGUGUGACCAGGUGAUCUCUGGAGAGGAGGAUGGAGAGGGGCACGAGGAGAGACCACCACGCAGAGGCCCAUCACUGGCCUCCCUCCUGGGGCCCAUGCCCACCGCAGCCAGCCUCGGCCUCCCAGAGUCUAUCAGCAAGUGCAUCGGAGAGGAGAAGGAGAACGAUGAGGAUGCUGAAAAUGGAGAGCUGGACUUGAGUGGUAUUGAUGAUGAUGAGAUUGAGCUGUAUCUCCUGAAUGACAAAGAGGUGAAAAUCAAGACUGAGCUUUGGCUGAAACAGAAUGAAGACUACUUGAAAGAGCAGAAAGAAAAGGAAGAGAGGAUAGCGAAAGAGAAGGAGCUGGGGAUUUACAAGGACAAGAAGCCCAAGACCUCCAAGAAGCGGGCUCCGAUCCAUGCCAGCACAGCCGACGAGGCCAUAGAGAAGAUGCUGGAGCAGAAGAAGAUCUCCACUAAGAUCAACUACGAUAUCCUGAAGGAGCUGAAUGUCAAGCCAUGCGCCAGUCCAGCCCGCCAGACAGCAGAGUCUCCGAAAGGAGCCACCCCUGGAGCCCAGAGGCUGACUGGACGAUACCGCAAACCCACCAAUGUCCCUCUGAGCCUGGGCACACCACUCAGCAGCCUGGGCAAGAGGUUACGGCCCUUCAUAUCAGGACUCCCCCCUAAGAAGCUGGCUCUAGACCAGAUAGCUAUCCCCCUGCCAGUGGCCUCUGAGGUGUCGCCACACUCUGUGCUGGUCGAGAGUGGGCCUGUGGUCUAUGACGAUGUGGCAGAUGAGGAAGAGGAGGAUGAGGAGGAGCCCUGCGUCAGCGCCAUGGAGCUGCUGGGAGGCAACGAGUAUGGAUGUGAUGAUGAUGAUGGUUUCUAGCACUACUGGGUUUGGCCUGUUUGUCUGGACCAUUGUGCUACUCCAACCCCCUGUCCCAUUUGGAGAAAGUGACUCAUUGAUUGAGACGGCGGAGAAUGGUGAAGAGGAUGGAGAUGAUGACAGGAUCCAUUUCUUCUCAGGAUAUCUCCUUUAUCUAGGAAAGAGAUUAUGUGUAGUAUUGAGCUGGAUUGAACAAAGAGACUAACCGCAAUGUCUCAUCCUACAUUUCACGUCACUCAAGUAUACACUACCAUUCAAAAGUUUGGUCACUUUGAAAUGUCCUUGUUUUUGAAAGAAAAGCACUUUUUCCCCCAUUAAAAUAACAUCAAAUUGAUCAGAAAUACAGUGUAGGCAUUAUUGUUGUAAAUGACUAUUGUAGAUAGUGGCCCCAAACUUCUGAACGGUAGUGUAUGUUGACUUUGCCUUAGCUUGUUGACCCCCCCUCCCCUCUCUAUCAUGGAUAAGUAUGUCUGUAAUUACAUGACAGUGAAGUACCCUACCUAAUGUGUUGGGAACAGUCAUAACAGAUAGGUAUUAGUCCAAUCAGUAUUUCAAAAAUCAUGUAUGAAAGAAGCUGUAUGCAAGCUUGCGUCUGAAGCCAAAGUAUUGCUAUAAUCAUGCCUUGAAUAUGUAAAAUCAUAUGGAGUAUGUUUCAGUUUAAAUGCUCAUGUUAAUCGAGGUGAUGAAGUUGCAUUCAGCCAAUGAAGUCUUGAAACCUGUAUUAUAGGAUGAGGUCAAUUUGAACAGGUAGCAUUUUGAUUUGGUUUUGGAUUUAUUUUUCAACUGCUGCUAUUUAUUUAAUGUGUUAUGAUUUCUCUAUUUGUUUUAUGGAGAAGAAUUCUGCAAACUAUUUUGGACUGGAUAAUCACUAAAGUGUUAAAGCUGGAAUCCAUAGCGGUGAUACUGCCACGUCCGUUUGGGGUAUUACAACAACAAAGACAUUACGUCAAACAACACUUUUUUUUCUUCUCGUAAAUCAUUGCACGUACGAUAGAACAGCAUAUUAUGUACUACGAUUUGUUUUCUUUUUUCUACCAUGAUGCAGGAUUGCUUGUUGCGCCUACCGCACAUCUCAGCUCUAAUUAAUUGUACAAAAAGCCGCCAAAUAUAUUCAUUGUUGAUGAUCAACUAUGCAAUGUUAUCCAUUCCAAAUGAAUGACAUUGCGUUAUGGAUUUAUUUUGUAAAUGCGCUUUUAGAAUUUUAUUUGGAAAAUGUUGACUGGGAGGAUCACUGGUGGUUUGUUCACUGUGCUGAAACAACUGUAUUUAAGGAGAAGUUAGGAUGUGGCUGAUGUUCACAGCCUCUCCUUCCACUUUGCUGCUACUGUAUAUAGACGGGUUGGUUGAUUAGCAACAAAACUGACGCGUGCAAAACUGGGGGAAAACAAGGUUGGUUUAGAUUGUUGACAAACUAUAUUUUGUCUACAGUGUUAUUGAAAACAUAAAUACAUUUGCACAAUGAUCACUAUGUCGUUGGUUAGCUAGUUAGCACAUUUUUGGCCAUAUUAGCAUAGAUGUGACAUCAGUGAAAACCUAAAAACAAGACAUGGUAUCAAGAAUGAAAUAUAACUAGCUGAACAAGCCACCUACGAUUCCCCACAUGGCAGUUUCUUGUCAUUGUUGCUAGCUAUCUGGCCAUCCAGAAUCACAACAGACUUCUGCCCCAUUUUGAAGUGUGCACAUCCUUUUCGUGACGUCAACUAACCCGUCUGUUGAAGGUUACUUGUUUUGCAUUGACUGUCUCAGUAAAGCUCCUACCAA